AUGCGUUUGUUUGUGGUCCUUUCCUGUUUGGCCGCUGUGGCCUUGGCUAAGCCCCAAUACAACUAUGGCAGUGGUGUUUCGGGUACCUUUGGUAGCUCAACCUCUUCGGGAGCCAUCAAAUACCCCAGCUCCUCCUCGAUUGGUGGAGGUUCCACCUUCGGUGGCCCAGGAUUUGGUAUAAGAGGUGGUUUUGGUUCCACCUCGGGUGGCAAUCAAUUUGGCUCCUCAGGAUCUUCAGGGUUUGGUGUGGGACCAUCAUUUGGUUCCAGUUCUGGAUUUAGUUCAGUAUCUUCAUUUGGUUCCGGCUCUCGAGGUGGUGCCUCAUUUGGCUCCAGUGGUUCGAAUUUUGUUGGCAAUACCGGUGCCAGCCAAGGUUUUGAAGCCCCCUUGGUCCACAAACAAUUCAUUACCGUUUCCGCUCCUGAAGAUAAUGAAAAUUUGGAAAUGACCAAACAUUUGGUUAUUGGCCGCCCACAAAAGAACUAUCGUGUUGUGUUCAUUAAGGCCCCCUCAUCCAGCAAUGCCAAUGUUAAAUUGUCGGCCGAAUAUGCACCCAAGGAAGAGAAGACUGUCAUUUAUGUGCUGUCGAAGAACGACAACAACUUGGAAGUUAGUGACAUUGCCACCCCAGCACCCACUGUACCCAGCAAACCCGAAAUCCACUUCAUUAAAUACAAGACCGAAGAAGAGGCCCAACAUGCCCAAAGACAAAUUCAAGCUGAAUAUGACAAAAUCGAAGGUAGCUCGGAACACACUGAUGCCGGUGUUGCUCCCCAACAAUCUGUGGUUGGUAUUUUGGGUGAUGGCGGUAAUGCUGGUGGUAGCGGUAGUUUCGGUGGUAGCACUGGUUCCUUUGGUACCUCUUCGGGUGGUUCUUCUUUCGUUAGCAGUGGUCCUUCAUCCUCUGGCAGCAUUAGUUUUGGCACCACUGGCUCCGUUGGCAGCAAGAGCUCAGCUUACUUGCCUCCCACAACUGUUUAA